UCCGGCUUUUGCAGUUUGCCCAGGAAUGUGUAUUGGAGUUCAGGCUAUACCUCCCCAAUAUGACAGACUCUCAGAUAGGGUCUAUGUCUACCGACCUGCCUCCGCUGAAUCCUCAGACGAUCUCCUCAUCCUGUGCAUGUUCAUGGGUGCUCCUCCUAAAGUAGUGGCCAAGUAUGCCUCCGAAUACGGAAAGCGUUUCAGUAACAUGACAAUCCUCCUGGUCCUGUCGACUAUUCAGUCAACUUUCACUCCUAUGGUCAAAGCCCGACGCGACAUCGAACCAGCAGUCGACCUCAUCGUGGAUCGGUGCAAGCGAGCCAACGGUAGAAUCAAAGGUGCCGUGUACUCGAAUGGUGGUCUGUCCAGCAUGAUCGCCAUUGCGAAGAGCGUCAGAGCGCAGACUGGGAGUCCGCUCGAGAUAGAUGGUCUCAUUAUCGAUUCCGCACCUUCCCCUCCGAACGAUCUGACUGGCGCGUAUAAAGCAUUCUCAGCCUCCGUCCCUACUGCGUUCAAAUCAUUCCCUGUUGGAAUUGUUACUAGCCUGCUUAUCUGUAUCAGCCUGCUGGUGUGGUGGGUACUGGCGUUGGUAUCGGGCUAUGGAGAUCCUAUCGACACGCUUCGACUCGCUCUGAAUGAUCAGAGCCUCUUUCGAUCGGAGACGAAACGCACGUACAUUUAUAGCAAGAGAGACGAGAUUGUCCAUUACUCAGGAGUCGAAUCGAGUGCCGCAGACGCUGAGAAACAGGGAUGGAGGGUCCAAAAGGUUCAAUCAACGAAUACAAGACACGUAGCUCACUCCACAGGAGACAGAGAAAUGUACUGGAACGCAGUGGAAGACACGUUGAAGUAGAAGAUGUAUCGUAUCAGGUUGU